AUUUGCGGGCAAGUUUAAAGUGUUUGUACAUAUGGGUCUUUGCGGUACAGGUGUCUUCUCUUUAGAGGUUGUAGUACGCCGGAUACUGUAUGCCCUUUCUUCGCUAUUUCGACGAAUACCGAAGCACGUGCUACAAAUGACAUUUGGUUGGUACAAAAAAUGGAAUACACUCGUGUUAAAAUGUGGUCCAAUUCCUCGGCACGUAGCCUUUAUUAUGGAUGGGAACCGGAGAUAUGCACGCAGGCACAAUCAAGACACAUGGGCCGGACACACUAUGGGUGGAGAGACUCUUCGUGAAACGUUGUUGUUGUGCCAAGAACUGGGCAUAUCAGAUAUAACAGUUUUCGCAUUUUCAAUUGAAAACUUUAAAAGAGCAACUGAGGAAGUUGAUAUGUUGAUGAGAAUUACAUCAGAAAAGUUAUCAGAAUUAUUAGUUCAGGAUAAGCAUAAUAAAGUAUUCGAUACCGGAUACCGUAUCAGAGUGCUAGGAAAUUUGCAUUUACUUCCUAUAGAUAUUCAACAACACAUACAUAAACUCGAAAAGUUAACUCGAAACCGAAAAAGUGGCUGUUUAAGCAUUUGCUUUUCUUACACUUCAACGGACGAGAUCACUUCCGCCAUUAGGAGCAUCGUUGAGGGAAUCGAGGCAAAAAAAAUAGAGGAACGCGAUAUUAAUCUAGAUCUAUUAGACAGAUGCAUGUACACCGCUGGAUCAUGUGAACCAAAUUUGAUCAUCAGAACGUCUGGAGAGAUCCGAUUUUCGGACUUCAUGUUGUGGCAAUGCUCGUCCAGUUAUUUUGCUGUAUUGGAUGUUCUAUGGCCGGAGUUUACCGCAAGGCAUCUAUAUAAUACCUUAUUUGCCUACCAGGAACAUCACAAAGAACAAUUGAAACUUCGAGCCAAACUUGAUCGACGGAAAUAUGUUGAUUUAGCUCGGGCCGACUCGCAGGUUGAAUUCUUUAAUCAAAGAGAAGAGCUGAGGAGACGAGUGUUUGUUGAUAUGUCUAUUGAUGUUUAAACUUUAUUUAGCGACGAUAACGCUACACAUCGCAUGAUUUACACAAUGCUUAGAAGUCGAACCGACGAAUAGGCCUUUUAUUAUGGAGUUCUCUCCCUUCCCUAAUACGAGGUAAUCCAAUUCCAGCUCUUUAACUUUAUGGCCUUGGAGAUAUAACUGAUUAGUAAAAGCGCCGCUUUUUUGAAAAAAUUAUAUGUACAUACAUAGUAUUGUUCCGGGAUCCCCCUUUUCUACUAAAACUUCGUACUUAACUUCUCUCGCUGUGUACAGAUCGAUAACGGGACUUAUAACUUCGAAAGCUUUUCCGUCAUUGUCCGAGUUAUGCAUCUCAGAAAGUGUGUUCACGCAGAUGGUGAAGAAGAUACUACCUUCUGGCACAGAUGCAAACAACUCGAGCGCUUUAUUGACUGCUAGAAAAGAGCUCUCGGACCCGUCAAAUCCGAUCCCGAUUCUCUUGACCAUAACUUUCACCUGAGUCUAGCCCGUCCAGAAGUGAUCACCACAAUAAGCACGAAGGAAAACGAUAAAGCACCUCCAGUUUAAGAAAAAAAAAGUUUUGAAUUAAGAUAGAUAGAGAUAACUUGUGUAUGUGAUUAACAACGCAUUUGCUACCACGAUAAAGAUAGCUCGGCCUUUCAAAUAGGACAUUUUCUAUUCCCUUUCUGCAGUAAUCGUAAAUGAUGGUAUGACGCUUGGAAACUGUUUCAGAAAAAGUUUCACUUUUCGGAAAGAUUUCCUUUUUCAUUGUUGCUUUUUUUGGGUACAAGAAUUCGUGCGGUGACACAAUUCCAUUGAUUCGGACACUUCGCGGGGAAGGUUCGCUAUCUUUGACGCUUCGUCUUUACAAUAUUGAUGUGUAGCCGACCCAAAGGCAUCUUCGAGAAGUCGAUCGAUGUCGUAAUCGAGCAAAACACAAAAUUAUUGGUCAUGUCCAUUCUCACAAUCACGGGUGAAAGAGGGGUACGAUUUUGCCCUUGACUCCGAACAUCAUGAUGAUCUAAUAAGCAUUCAACCAUGUCUAUGCGUCCAAGACCUGCAGCGAGAUCAGCAUAAAAUUCACCAGUGCGAAACAAAGGAAAACCGCUUUUCUUGUACUCAAAAAUGACAUCUUUUUCGCCAAAGUCAUGCUGUCACUCUUGACAGCACCCACUAGUCGGCCUUUCCUCUUUUCUUCGCUAUAGAAGGAAGUAGUGACGGCUGAUGGUCUUCCAAAUCUAGGUUCAGCUGGUGCUUAGUUUGCUUCGUCCGUUUCGUCCGUUUCGUUCGCUUCGUUCGUUUCCUCUCCAGCUGAUACAAUCGACUCGCCCGAAGAUGGGCUCUCUUCGAGUUCGACCGUUGAUAGAAGCAAAUGAAUGCGCUCCACCUCUGCCAUCGUGCAUUCUCUUAGAGUGAUAGGGAUUAUCCGAACUCGGGGGUCUCUUCGGCUCAGAAUGCCCUUUUUCCC